AUGGAAACAGUACAAACGCACAUUGUAAUAGACAAUAUCAGUGCAGGUACUACAAACGCAGGUUGUGAAACGGAGCACAGACAAAUGUUACAAUUGUCUAUUGUCACGGACAAACUAAUGAAUUGUUUUUGUUCUGAAGUUCAGCUCUUUCUGCACAAAGAAGGGCUCGGCAGAGAUGUGGAGUUGCUGAAAGAGAAGAUUUGUUCAAUGCUUGUAAAAACAAUUAUCGGCAUUCAACCCUCUUUAGCCCAUAUUUACGCGUCGUGCCACUCCGAAGACGAGACUGACGGAAUGUGUUUUGAAUUGUUCGGGGUCGAUGUCCUCCUAGAUCAUAAGCUACAGCCCUGGCUUAUUGAGGUCAACCAUUCUCCGUCUUUUGCAACUGACAGUGCACUUGACAAAAAAGUGAAAUUCGAAGUAAUAAAAGACGCGCUGCAUCUUGUUGGAUUGUCAUCUAAGAACAGAAAGAGGUUUAAUGCAGCUCAGAAGAGCGUUUUAGAACGAAAUUUAAAGCUGCGCUCUUCUUCCGAACUCAAGCAAAGUCGCAUGCAAGAAAGAGAACAAGUGAAGGCUGAGUUGGCAGUACAGCGCACAAAGUGGGAGGAAAAACACCUCGGCGGUUACACCCGAAUAUACCCGACGCCAGACUGCGAAACCAAAUAUAAACACCUCUUCGAAGCGGCCCAGGAAAUAUGGGCAAAUACAACAGGUGUUCUGCGCUGUAGGCCGCUGUUUGAUAGUCUACGUAAAAAACGAGAAAAAAAUUACUCAGCAGCAGCAGACACCGCACCUCCGCAACAAACAGCGAGUGUACAGGCACCCCAAGCACGCGAUGAGUGCAAAAACGAGCCGGUGUACAGGUACACAUCAGACCAACGUAACUUCCGAGACAAACAACAAUUCAACAAAAACGUGGUCCCUAAAGCUCCCCUCAGAAGCAAUAGCACCGCCACAGCCCCGCUUGGCCGCAUGAAAGGCAAAUCUUCACCCCGCCCUUGCUUUGAAUCAGAGCAACAACAACUGCAACAGCAACAAAAGCACCAGCAGCAGCCGAAAAAUCUUAUCUCUGAUGCCCAGACUGUUUCAGGAGAUGUGCGUCUACCCGCUUCAGUACCAGCAGGUUCCCCGGUGUCUCUUUCUUCAUUUUGCAACAACGCAUUGAUCAACAAACAAAACGAAGAAGCUCACGUUUACGCAAAUUGCAAAGCAGAGACAGCCCCGUCUCAGGCAUCUACAGAAGAGCCUUGUGAAACGGCAGACACAUCAAAAACGUUUAGCAUAUCCCUCGGAAGCAGCUCCGGCAGCUCCACCCUCCUUUCCUCCGUAUCUAAGCUGAGCAGCAGCAGCAGCAGUAGUGGUAUGCAGAUUAAUUUACCUCCCGAGAGGCUGAAGGAGUUGCACACUUGCGUGCAAAGGGGUGACGGCAGGAGGCGAGUGAAGUCUGAAGUGUACAGACAACAGGAGGUGUACGGACAACGCGCGGGGAACAGAGGGUUGCCUUUGAACCUUACUCGUGUUGACGUUUCCUUCACUGCAAGGCCCGAGCUGCAGUGCAAUAAGACCGUAAACCGUAAGCACAGCCCACGAGUGCCUCUACCGGCCUCACAGCAGCAAGCAAAGAAAUCAUCUGCUGCAUGUUCUAGUCCCAAGAAACACAAUAUGACGCAAAAGUCAAAACUAAAAACGAAGAACGGCAGUAAAAUUGCUCGGAACUAA